AUGAAUUCAAAAUACAUGCAGAAUACAGUGUACUUGUUUAUGUACAUCUUUUUUUCCAACUUUUUUUUUUCCCAAAGGUGUUCAAGCAAUACAGAGGGAGAAAAUCUAACACAGGUCUCCGAAUUCCAUCUCUUAGGCUUCUCAGAGGAUCCAGACUUGCAGCCUACUCUCCUUGGAAUGUUCCUGUCCAUGUACCUGGUCACAGUGCUUGGGAAUCUGCCCAUCAUACUGGCUGUCAGCUCUGACUCCCACCUCCACAUCCCCAUGUACUUCUUUCUCUCCAACCUGUCCUUGGCUGACAUUGGUUUCACUUCCACCACGGUCCCAAAGUUGAUUGUGGACAUCCUAACUCACACUAGGGUCAUCUCCUAUGUGGGCUGCCUGACACAGAUGUCUUUUAUUGCAAUAUUUGGAUGUAUGGAUGACAUGCUUCUGACUGUGAUGGCCUAUGACCAGUUUGUGGCCAUUUGUCACCCCCUGUUGUAUCCAGUCAUUAUGAAUCCUCACCAUUGUGGCUUCUUAGUUGUGCUUUCAUUUUUGUUUAGCCUCUUGGACUCUCAGCUCCACAAUUUAAUUGUCUUACAAUUUACCUACUUCAAGGAUGAGGUCAUUUCCAAUUUCUUCUGUAACCCUGCUCAACUCCUUAAUCUUGACUGUUCUGACAAUUUUUCCAGUAACAUUUUAAAGUAUAUUACUGGUAUGUUAUUUGGAUUUUUUCCCAUGUCAGGGAUAUUUUUAUCUUACUGUAAAAUUGUUUAUUCCAUUCUGAGAAUCCCAUCACCAGGAGGGAAGUUUAAACCCUUCUCCACCUGUGGGUCUCACCUGUCAGUUGUUUUCUUAUUUUAUGGAAUAAGCAUUGGUGUGUACUUUGGUUCAGCUGUAUCACAAUCUCCCACAAAUUAUUUGGUGGCCUCAGUUAUUUACACCUUGGUCACCCCAAUGCUAAAUCCAUUUAUCUACAGCCUGAGGAACAGGGACAUUAAAAGAAGCUUGAGCAGGCUCCACAGUAGAAAAUUCUAA